CACACACACACACACUCACACUCACACACACCUCCCCGACCUUCCUCCUCCCGCUUCGAUCCUGGGUUCUCUUCCGGGCAACACGGACUUUCAUGGAAAAUCGUCCCUGGCCUCUUUAUGGACUUGAACAGCAAGUAGUUCCCCCGAGGAACCGAUGUACAACAAGCGUCUUGUCUGCACGCACCGCACUUUCAGCAACUGCGCCAGUUUCUCAACGCACUUACUUCAUCUGCGCUUCAUCAGAAGAGAGCGAACUUCAUGCAGGUGGGCGCUGGUGGUUUAAUUCACGGAGGAAGAAGUUAGAUUUGGAUUUGGAUCCAGAGCGGUUUAAAUGUCACAGUGGCUGAGGUGGCGGCGCACAAUGGGCAGCCCAGCUCCUCUUGCAGUAGGCUAUAAAACAAAGGACCAACAUGUUGUGUUUGGCAAAUAAACAUUUUCUACAAAUUACCUGUUUACUAUAUUAGCCAAAGUUUCUUCGUAUAUUCUUGCGCUGCUCAAUAUUCCAGCAACAGACGACCAACCGGAGCAGGCGUGCGGCAACCAGCGCAGAGAAGAGAAGGGAGGCUUACUGUAUCGCAACGGGAUAUAAAGACUGUAUAUUUCCGCUAUUUACAUUCAAGGCACUUCUGUUUUUGGAGGACAAUAUAAGAAAGUAGCCAGUUUGUCCAAGGAAGCAGAGAGGAGAUGACUACCAACACUGUUCUCCUGCUCGCCAUUCUCUCUCUCACAAGCAGCAGGGCAGAGAAUGCAGAGGAGCGGCUGGUGAACUACCUGUUGGGUCCAGAGCGCUACAACAAACUGAUCAGACCAGCUGUCAAUAAGAGCCAACAGGUCACCAUCUCCAUACAGGUCUCUCUGUCUCAGCUCAUCAGUGUAAAUGAGAGAGAACAGAUAAUGACGACCAACUUGUGGCUGUUCCAGGAGUGGAAUGACUACAGGCUGAGAUGGGACCCAGACAAGUACGAAGGCAUCAAGAAAUUACGAAUACCAUCCAAACACAUCUGGCUUCCUGACAUAGUGCUCUACAACAAUGCAGAUGGCGUGUACGAGGUUUCCUUCUAUUGCAAUGCUGUGGUCUCCAACACAGGAGACAUCUUUUGGCUCCCCCCGGCCAUCUACAAGUCUGCCUGCGCCAUCGAGGUGCAGCACUUCCCCUUCGACCAGCAGAACUGCACUCUUAAGUUCCGCUCCUGGACCUACGACCACACAGAAGUGGAUCUAAUCCUCACGAGCGACUUUGCCAGCCGUGAUGACUUUACACCAAGCGGAGAGUGGGACAUCGUCUCGCUCCCGGCGCGCAAAAACGAGGACCCCAAUGACAUCACCUACCUGGAUAUCACAUAUGAUUUUGUGAUCCAGAGGAAGCCGCUGUUUUACACCAUUAAUCUGAUCAUCCCAUGUGUGCUGAUCACAUCGCUGGCUAUCCUGGUGUUCUACCUGCCGUCAGAUUGCGGGGAGAAGAUGACGCUGUGUAUCUCAGUGCUGCUGGCGCUCACUGUGUUCCUGCUGCUGAUAUCAAAGAUAGUGCCACCCACCUCUCUUGCAGUGCCACUCAUAGGUAAAUACUUGAUGUUCACCAUGGUGCUAGUCACUUUCUCCAUUGUGAGCACCGUCUGUGUCCUCAAUGUGCACCACCGCUCCCCAUCCACUCACCACAUGCCCGACUGGGUCAAACGUUUCUUCUUAGUCCGCCUGCCCACUUGCCUCUUCAUGAGGCGUCCAGGCUCUUCUAAUGUCCGCGAUAAACUCCGCCGGAAGUACGGCAACCGGAGUACUGUUGGGAAAAGCAAUCCCCAGAGCGACACAGAGAAGAAGCAGUAUUCCAACAUCAGACUUGGUGGGAUACGCACAGACACCGACUCUAUCUACGUGAAUGAGGACUUCGCACACAAGAUUUCCUGGAAGGUGGGCGACAUCCCAGACGGGGGUGGUGGAUUUUCAGACUUCCGGAGCCGUUUGGCUGUUCAGUGGGAUGCAGAUCUGGAGGAGGCAGUGGAUGGAGUGAGAUACAUCUCCGAACACAUGAAGACAGAAGACGACGAUGAAGGGAUCAUAGAAGACUGGAAGUACGUAGCCAUGGUGAUAGAUCGUCUGUUCCUGUGGAUCUUCAUCCUGGUGUGUGUGGUGGGAACUCUGGGGCUCUUCAUGCAGCCGCUAUUCCAAAGCUAUAACACACCCACUGCUGAUGACACAGAGUAUGGAGAUUUCUAGGAUUUCUGUGACCUGAGAAAGAAAACAUCAGAAUAAGCAUCUCUCUAAAAAAGUAUAACUGAGGAGCUGCACCAGGUCUGGUACUGAUCUGUCUUUGUUGGUUGGAUCUGAUACAUAAUCAGCCUAAUCAAUGCAGCCAGCUACAUUGGUUGUGUUUGCAACAGUGAGCCUCAAACGAAGACAGAAUCAUACUGGAACCCUUUUUUUUAUUUACUGCAUGGUCUCUAUUUUUGACAGACUACGCUUUCUUCCAAGCUCCGCUAUCAUCACAGGCAUGGCAGUCUUGAUCUACUUCUACCAAGAUGACAUUUUGAUGGAGCCAAGAUAGUGCCCGUGCAGUUUUUGACAUAACAUACAAGACAGUUGCAGACUAUCUUCCCCAGCAUUUAACUUUCCCAAUGUAAAGAACAACCACAAACCACAAAGCUGGUGAAAAAUACUGGUCAUUGUCUUUGUUUCAUUUUGGACUGGCUAUGCUGCUGAUGGAACAGUUGGAGCUCUUUACAGACUCAACUGCAAUGGAGGCACAAAGGUUCAUUACACAUUACAGCUCAUAUAAGACCAUGAGGUCUGCUCUCCUCUGCAGCAUUGUUGAUGUGAAAUACCAAUUGUUCAUGUUGGCACAGUACAAUGGACCACAAUUUCUCCUUUCUAUACACUUCUCUAACCAAACUUUAUUGUGACAAAGCGAGGACACUUUGUCCUAUCCACCUUUUCUCUUCAUAAAAAUAUUAAUGCAUCAUCUCUUUCGCUCUGUCCUUUUCUUAUUCUGCUUCUGAGCUUUGUGCCUCAUCUCCACCAUCCACCGCCCAAGCAGUGUUGUGAUCAUUUUGAAGAAUGUGUAUUCUCCUCUUGCUUUCUCUUUCUGUCUUUCUCUCACUUAUUUGGUUAUUCUCUUUUUAUGUCCUUUGUGUGCCACAUCACAUCAUAAUUGUAGCAGCACAAGGUUAUAUACAGUAUUAACAAUAAAUAUGACACUGACUGUAUUAUGUUACAUGUUGAAUAAAAACCUGUGAAUUCUA